AGGGGCCCAGGGGCUCAGCUCGCAGUUGGCGAUGACGCCUCGCACGGCACAGUGUGCUGAUUGGCUCCAGCUGCGUUUCAUACAGUGGGUGCCCGUUGGAGCAGGGAGCUUGCGCAACGUCGACCAGCGCACCCCAGACAGUGAUCGGUGCAGUAGCAGCCCAUCUCCAACUUCAACCUGGCCUGCAUCUUAAACUUUUUGAAAAUCGACCUCUUUUUUUCUUAUCAAGACGAAACUGAAGUCUCGCCCGACGAAAGCAGCCACCAGACACUGAAGCGCGAGACGGUCGAAUCCAUGGUGCAAUUCGCCGCUUCAACUUUCUAGACCACAUCGGGACACGUACGCUCGCUGUCUAACAUCAACCCGAACCGACAUUCGACGACAGCCAGACACACACGACAUCACCACCCACCAUGAGGGGUUGGGCAUCCACUUUAUUCCUACUGGCGUCGUCCACAUGGACUGCCAAGGCAUUGGAGAUCGCAUUGGACCAGACAGACGAAAACAGGCAACGAUGUGCCGGCAUGUACGAUAAGCAAGCCUGGGGCGGCCCCGUCGACCCCUUUAUCCUCGUCAAGUUCACCGACGUCGGCAAGGACUCGGGACCCGAUCCAAUCACCAGUCUCCUGAUUGUGGAAUGGAAGGACACAGACUACAUCGGCGUGGGACAAGAGGGUGGCGGUAGGGAAGCCAUCUGCCGGCCGAAGGAUGUCGAGAUGGGAUACUGCAAGGAGGCCCAGCUGGGUGAAUUCAUUCUCGCGCCAAACGCUACCGAAAAGUCCGAAAACUUGAUCCUCACCAAGGCCGUCCACCUCAAGAAAGCGAGCCCGAUUAACUACCCCAUCACUAAGACUGGUUACUACUGCGUCAUUACCGAUCAGUUUACCGACAAUGAUUACGAGGCUAUCGUGGAGUUUAGAAACGCAUAUGGAGAGCUCCCGGCCACACAGAUCCCGAAACUGCCGUUUUAUGGAGGAAUAACGAUCCUCUAUGCGCUGGUGUUGGUGUACUGGGGCUUUCUCUACUAUCAGCAUCGCACCGAUAUCUUGGCUGUGCAGAACUAUAUUACAGCAAUCCUCAUCUUCCUCGUCGUGGAGAUGUUGAUGACAUGGGGAUUCUAUGACUAUCUCAACAGACAUGGGUCAAAUCUUGGGUCCAAGAUCUUGCUGGUCGUGGUUGCCGUCUUGAACGCUGCGCGCAACUCGUUUUCGUUCUUUCUGCUCCUGAUCGUCUGCAUGGGUUAUGGUGUCGUCAAGCCCACACUCGGCAAGACCAUGAUCUAUGUCCGCUGGCUCGCCAUUGCGCACUUUGUCUUUGGCAUUGUCUAUGCGGUGACAAGUUUAGUCAUAACACCCGAUAACGCCGGCCCCUUCGUACUCCUGAUUGUCUUUCCCCUGGCCGGCACUCUCACAGCCUUCUACGUCUGGACCCUCAACUCGCUCAACUUCACCCUCAAGGACCUCCGCGAGCGCAAGCAGCACGUCAAGGAGACCAUGUACAAGAAGCUGUGGUGGGGCAUACUGAUCUCCAUCAUUGUCAUCUUUGCCUUCUUCUUCUUCAACUCCUUCACCUUUGCCUCGGCCAGCGACCCGGAUUUUGUGCCCUUCCACUGGAAGAGCAGGUGGUUCAUUCUCGACGGCUGGCUUAAUAUUGUUUACUUUGCCGACGUGGCCUGGAUCGCCUAUGUCUGGAGGCCGACGGCGAACAACAAGCGCUUCGCCAUGAGUGACGAGAUUGCGCAGGAGGACGACGGGACGUUUGAGAUUGCCAAUCUUGAUAUUGGGAAUCCGGAUGAGAGCGAUGAUGAGGAUGAGGAGCAGAGGAUUGGGAAGAACCAGCAGCAGCAGGAGAGAGGGUUUGCUGGGGCGAGUGUGGCUGGUGGUGUGUUGCAUCCACCUCAGCAGAGUGGGGUUGCUUCUUCGUCUUCUGGGCAGGGGCAGCAGCAGCAGAGGAAGGCCAGUCCGGAAAGGGACUCGUUUGAUGGGGAGACGAUUUUUGCGGUUGGGGAGGAUGGGGAUAAGUUUUCGAGUGAUGAUGAGGAUGAUGAUAGUGAGGAGGAGGCUAAGUUGGUGAGGGGGAGGAAAUAGAUUAUCUCUUUUGGGUAGGGGGAGGGGGGGGGAUAAUGAGGAAGGGAAGGUGGUAUAUAAUGUGGACAUGAAGUAGGGAAGAAGGAUGGUGUGAAAGGGGGAGGUGGGGUAAAAGCACAACAACAACAACAACAACAACAACAACACCAACAACAACAACAACA